UGCGUCGGUUUCAGACUCUGACUCGAUUGAAAAACACACGUUUUUCGAUUCUAGGAUUUUUAGUUUUAGUGGUGAAGUGAAAGAAAUAUUGUUGGUGGAUUCGUCAUGAUGAAAAUUUUGCACUUACUUACUAUUGAACAAUAAAUUCGGUCAGUCGGUGGAAUUUGCUGAUGUUUUGAAAACAAUUUGAAUUAUUUACAAAGCGUUUUUUUCAAGUUUUUCAAGUACUCCAAAUGACUUCGGAAGAUUCGGUUCCGAAGACUGCCGCUCCGGAAAGCGGAAAUAAAACAACUGAACCAACAGCUAGUGACUCACUCAGUUCGCAAAGGGUUUUUAAGAAAUCAUCUCCUAAUAAUAAGCUGACAAUGUACUUGAGUUCCCGUGAUUUGGUUGUGUCCGCAGGUAGAAUCGAUCGACUCCAAGGAGUCUUACUGGUUGACCCAGAGUUUGUCGAGAAUCGCAAAGUUUAUGGGCAGGUCACACUUACGUUCAGAUAUGGACGAGAAGAUGAAGAAGUAAUGGGUUUAAAAUUUUGCAACGAAGCGAUCAUGUGUUUAGCGCAGUUGUAUCCGCCUCAAGCGCUCGAAGGUAACACACCAUUACAGGACGCAUUGCUGAAACGUUUAGGUAGCAAUGCGUAUCCAUUCAGCAUGGAAAUUACGCCUUUGGCACCACCCAGUGUUCAAUUAGUGCCAGCCAAAGAAUAUAACGGGGCCCCCAUUGGGACCAGUUAUGAUGUAAGAGCUUACGUUGCCGAUCGAGCCGAUGAAAAGUUUCACCGUAAAGCGACAGUUCGCAUGGGAAUAAGAGUCGUGCAGCGAGCUUACGCACCCCCUUCGCCCCAUCUCUACAACCCUCGUAAUUUGUCACGAUCGCAAAACAAAAAGACGUUAUUCGGAUGUAAAAGUGCUCCCUUAGACGUCAAGUUUCCCAAAGAACAACAGAAUAAAGCGAGGUCGAUGGAAACUGGCUUGGAACAGCAGCAGCAGCAGCAGCAGCAAGAAGAAACACCGACUCAUAUCGAAUACAAAAACGAAAAAAACGAAACGCAAAGUGACAAAGAAACGCAUGUUUCUUUUGGUGAAACAAUCACAAAUGGAAUUGAAGAUGAAGGAGCCAUCGAAUCGCCGACGAAACAGGACGAUAACGAGCAAAACAUCCAAGAUCAAUUUCGUUCUUUGUGUGGUGGCAAACGUCCCAGUUUGGCGGCAUAUCUUGCUGGCGUCCCGGCGCCUUGUGCUCAAGUCGAAAAACCAUUUCUUCUUAGCGAAGGCAAAGUGCAUUUGCUUGCAUCUCUUGACAAAGCAAUUUAUUCCCAUGGCGAGGAAAUACACGUCUCUGUUCAGAUCAGAAACAACAGCAACAAAACAAUACGACGGAUAAAGGUGUUUGUGGUUCAACACGUUGAUGUUUGCAUGUUUUCAAAUGGCAAAUUCAAGAACGUCGUUGCAAUGAUCAACUCAAAGGAGAAUUGUCCCAUCACAUCAAACACCAUCUACGAGCAUACAUUUUCUCUACUUCCAGUGAAAAGCUCGACGAAAAAUUGGAUUGCUUUGGAGGAUUCGUAUACGAAACAGGGCACAAGUUUGGCGUCGACAGUCACUUGUUCGGCUAACAACCCCGAUGAACGCAAUGUCUUUGCUAUCUACGUUUCCUACUAUGUGAAAAUUAAACUGUUAGUGAGUGUGAUGGGUGGAGAAGUAUCUUUGAAACUACCCUUCACUCUUAUGCAUACUUGCACCGAUUUUGAACACACCGAAAUUCUAACUCGAGUUGCUAAACCCGAUUUCGAAUCGAAACAAGUGAUUGAAUCGGUUAAAGAUGGGACGUGAGACCAGGCUGAAGUCGUUGUCGAGAUUAAUAAAGAAACAAUAAGUGAGGAUGUGACAAAGGUGGUAUCUAAAAUUUAUUCUGACGAAACUGUGGUGCAAAAAAAAAUGUCCAAUACUAUACGCAAUCAACUCGAUUAUGAUCAAAUCGUGCCGGUGAAAAGUGAAAGUGAAGUGGAAGAUGUGAUGAAUAAGACGGAAAGUGCUAAAGAAAAAGGAUUCAGUUUGCAUAGAGCGUUGUGUUGUUUAAGAACUAGAAGAACGUCUUAGUCGGAUUGUAUGUUUGUUACUCUAUAUGGGGCCCUAUAAUAAUCUAGCACUGUGUCUUAAUUUCCUAAAAAAAUAUAAAUUUUUUUCUACCUUGUCUUUAAAAACACAUUUUUCGAUUUUUUUACUACAGGCAGAUAGUUGAAAAUACAACUAAAUUUUUCUGUAAAGUAUUUACAUAUG